GAUGACCUCUCGGAUCCUGGCUACGGGUACGCGUGUGUGCGUCAACCGACAGCUGCCACGAAACCUGCCUUACCGGCCGUGGUUUUAUUCAGGCCAGAUGUCGCCCCCCACUUGGCAUUCCGAGAUUUCCUGGAACGCGGCCACCCGUUCGGGAGUUCCCGUCGUUCCCGUUGUUUGGCCCGCACGACUCGCCGCCUGUCGUCGUCGCCUCGGAGUUUCCUGGUGCGCACCAACCCCCUGUCCCAGAUCGUUCGAGCUCGGUUGGGACACGCAGCAGCCGCAUCAAGGACAAGGACGACGCCCGGGUGGUCUGCCACGCGUACCCACUGAUCCCUUCGACCAGCCUCGACCUGCGGCUCCUUCGCCGGCCUGGGACGACGAGGUUCUUCCAGCGGCGGACGAGCAACCAGAAGGUAUUGAAGUUGCACUGUUGCAACGGAACAAUCGUACUCCCGUGCAGCUCCUUUUCGAGAAAAUCCUAUCGUCGAUCCUCAAUAUGUUUGAAUGAAUUGGCAGCCACGUUUAGCCUCGAUUAGCCUCAAAGCCCGUGGAGAAAAUCCGCAGCAUUAUCGAUUACGCGUGACAUAGGAGGAUGAUACCGGGUCCAGGAGCAGAGGUACAUCGGGAGGCGUGAGCGGGGCAAGCGCGAACCGAGUCCGCGGCGAUGCCCGCGAGCAGCCUGUCUCGGAGUGUCCAAGGGUUAGGAGUGGCCGCGGUGGUCUUAUCCCCGCCCCCCGCCCACUACCUUCAUGAGUUACCGGCCCAGGAUGAAGAGCGCCUUGGCAAGUUAUUCCAGACCCUGGACCUCGACGGCAAAGGCCGUAUCGACGUGCACGACCUCUCCAAAGCGCUCCACGAGGCCGGCGUACACGAGCAUUAUGCACAGAAAUUUUUGGCCCGCUCCGAUCAAACAAAAAGCGGUGAUAUCACUUUGGCAGAAUUCAUCCAUUAUGUACGGGAGCACGAGAAAAAUUUACGUCUGCAAUUUACCGACCUCGACAAGAAUAAAGACGGGAAAAUCGAUUUAGAAGAAUUAAUUAAGGCAUUUAAGGAUCUUGGCAUCGAAAUGGAACGAGCGGAAGCAAAGAAAUUGCUUCAGAGAAUGGAUAAAGAUGGAAGCCUUAACAUUAGUUUUAAUGAAUGGAGAGACUUUUUACUUUAUGCGCCUACUACUGACAUUCAUGAGCUUAUUCAGUAUUGGCGGCAUUCCACGUAUAUGGACAUUGGGGAGGACAUCGGUGUGCCUGAUGACUUCACAAACAGCGAGAUGGUUUCGGGUAUGUGGUGGCGUCACCUCCUCGCCGGUGGUAUUGCCGGGGCGGUAUCGCGUACCUGCACCGCACCCCUCGAUCGCAUCAAGGUGUACCUCCAGGUGCAUGGCUCACGGCAAUGCAACAUCUUCAGCUGCGGGAAAUAUAUGCUUCGGGAAGGUGGCGUGAAAAGUUACUGGCGUGGUAACGGCAUUAACGUACUUAAAAUCGGUCCGGAAACGGCUCUCAAGUUCAUGGCCUACGAACAGGUGAAGAGGAUGAUUAAGGGAGUCGACAAUCGGGACCUCAGUAUCUACGAGAGAUUCGUCGCUGGUUCGGCUGCUGGUGGUAUCAGCCAGACUGCCAUUUAUCCUCUCGAGGUACUGAAAACUCGAUUAGCCCUUAGAAAGACUGGAGAGUUUAAGGGAAUAGUCGAUGCGGCGCAAAAAAUAUACAAUCAAGCAGGCUUGAAAACAUUUUAUAGAGGCUACAUUCCCAACCUCAUUGGAAUCCUGCCCUAUGCGGGUAUCGAUUUAGCUGUGUACGAGACAUUGAAAAAUAACUACAUUCGUACGCACGGAAAGGACGAGCAGCCAGCCAUUUGGCUGCUGAUAUUAUGUGGCACCGUAUCGAGCACCGCUGGUCAGGUCUGCUCGUAUCCCUUGGCGCUAGUCAGGACGCGGCUGCAAGCUCAGAUCGGGCCGGUCAACGGACAGAACAACAUGGUCGGCAUAUUCACGGACAUCUUCAAGAGGGAAGGUCUUAAGGGCCUCUACCGUGGCCUCACCCCAAACUUCCUCAAGGUCGCACCAGCAGUAUCAACGAGUUACGUUGUGUACGAAUAUGUCCGAUCGGCGCUAGGAGUGAACAUGACGUGAUGAAUAUAUUAUUUAGGAACCUAUUCGUUUUUAUUAAAUUAUUCUGUAAAUUUAUAAUAGAAA